CAUUGUUGUUGUCAUAAAACAGAAAAAUAGCGCAUCGGAAACCAAGCCGGCGAAUAUCGAUGGAAUUCAAUCAGUAUUAUCUCAAAAAUCGAUUACCGAGAUAAGUCUGUGAAACGGACUGUGUAGCGAUUAUAUAUAUAUGUUAUGAAUGGGAAUGUCGCGAGUGGCGUUACGUUAACAAGUUAACCGUCAUCCGGUUAGGGGGCAGACUGAUGCAAGGACAGUGUGGUUGAGGUGUUUCGUUUUGCUAUGUGCCUGAAUGAUGUUCAUAACAGUCAGCUGACGGUGAGGAAAUUGGCACAAUGCCGUGUGAUCAGAUCGACACCGGGAUGUUGGGGGAAUAACAAUCUACUCACACAAGUAGGACCUAAUGUUUGUUUCAAGAUGAAUUUCUAUUGUUGCUUCUUGACUAUUCAGAUAGCAUAACUACGAUCAAAUAGGGAAACAUAUUCGGGAAUCAAAAGAUCGCCCAACAACAAUUUGACUUAUUAGAAUAGAGAUAAUUUUCAGAGAAUAGCCUAAUAUUCUCGAAGCAAACAUGGCAGACUACACCCAGAGGUCUCUGCCUAUUUGUCGGCGGCUGAGUUACGCUGUGGGACACUUUCUGAACGAUCUGUGUGCGUCUAUGUGGUUCACCUACCUUCUGGUGUACUACCACUCCGUGCUGGGCUUUCAGAACACCUAUGCAGGUGUGUUACUGCUGGUGGGGCAGAUAGCGGACGGGGUCUGCACUCCCCUUAUCGGCUACGAGUCGGACCGGACGCCGGGGUGUGGGACAUACGGCAAGAGGAAGACAUGGCAUUUAGUGGGUACGGUCAGCGUGCUGAUCUCCUUUGCGUUCAUCUUUAACCAGUGUCUGGGGUGUGACCAGUACACCUCUCAGUGGGUCAGUCUGACAUACUUCAUCCCCUUCAUCAUCGUCUUCCAGUUCGGCUGGGCCGCCACGCAGAUCUCACACCUGUCACUCAUCCCUGAGCUGGUGUCCUGCGAACACGCUAAGGUGGAGCUCACCGCUUACAGGUAUGCGUUUACAGUGAUGGCCAAUAUAACGGUGUACGCUGUGGCCUAUCUACUGUUCCACUUCCAGACCGGAUCAGACGAGGACCCCUCUCUCACUGAGACCCUGGGGCCCAUAGAUAUCCCUAUAUUCAGGAACCUGAGCCUCAUCGUGCUGGGUAUCGGUGCUCUUUUCUCACUCCUCUUUCACCUGGGCACACGGGAGGAGAAGGGGGGAGCAGGGGAGGAGAAGGGGGGAGCAGGGGAGGAGAACGGGGGAGCAGGGGAGGAUGAAGGAGAAGAGGAAGGAGAGCGCCGGCCCCUUAUCCCUCGUCCUCAGGCUGCCACCCCUCUCCAGCCGCUGCUGAGGUGGAAAUGCUGGCUGAAACAGCCUUCCUUUUACCAGGUAGCGUUUCUCUACAUGUCUACCAGACUGAUAGUGAACCUGUCUCAGACGUACAUCUCCAUGUACCUUACCAACACUCUCAUGUUGCCAAAGAAAUACAUUGCCACUAUUCCCCUGGUGAUGUACGUCAGUGGCUUCGCUUCCUCUUUCAUCAUGAAGCCUAUCAGCAAACUCAUCGGCAAAUGUAUGACCUACUUCGUGGGCCUGCUACUGAUCAUGGCCUUCUCUUAUUGGGUGUUGCUAGAUGACAAGAUGGGUGACCAGAUCUACGGGGCGUCCGUCCUUCUAGGGGCGGGGUCAGCUACCAUCCUGGUGAUGUCACUCUCCAUGACCGCUGACCUCAUCGGGGACCAGACGCAAAGUGGAGCGUUUGUUUACGGGGCGAUGAGCUUCACUGACAAGGUGGCCAACGGAGUGGCUGUUAUGAUGAUACAGUCACUACACCCCUGCCAUACUCAGGUCUGCUGUCCAGCGUGUGUGUGGUACUAUCACUAUGUCAUGGUCAUAGCAACAGGGGGCGUGGCCGUCAUAGCAGCUCUCAGCCUCUGUACCAUCCUUAUCUGGCCCAUCAGGAUCGUCCGCCAGACAGACGUGAAGAACAUAGACAAUCCGAACUACGAUUGGGUGGUUUCAGUGGGGCGGGGCCAGGAUCUGCCUUAUAUCUCAGGUCUGAUGGGCAGUGAGGAUGAGGACAACUCUGACCAGCCUAGACCAGCAGUCAACUAAGGCUGGGAGAGGUAUGGUGGACAGGGGUUAACUGGACCAUGGUCCUGGUCUCUACUGAAGCAGGGACCAGCCAGUCCCACCUAACCCUGGGUGAACCCAGCCUCUCUCUUCAGGGAUGGUAAUGGAGCUCUGUGGCCUCUCCAGGACUCACUCAGGCAUCUUAAACUCUCAACUGGAACAACAAACAUUUAGACUGAAAGUCGUCUCACCCGAGUGUUCAGAAACAGCCAACUGGACUAGCAGUAUUUCCUCUGAACUGAAAAAAACUAAGUACUUUCCUUCUGGACCUGACCAGUAGCUGUACUGUACUGCAGGUGAGUUGGGUGGAACAGGAACCAUCAGGUCCCAUUUCUAUUAUAGAUCAAAACAUUGCUUUGCUGUCACAGAGUGUCGGUCAAUACAGUGUACACUAUUACCGUCAACUAUUACCGUCAACUAUUACCGUCAACAUAACACAAAACAAUCAACAUGAGGGAGGCUAUACAGUAACAGUCCAUUAUAUAUAUAUAUAUAUCUGUCUCUCUCUGUCUCUCUCUCUCUCUCUCUCUCUCUCUGUCUCUCUGUCUC